CUUUUUUAGAGAUAUAAACAAAAAACCAAAACACUCGAAAUAGUAAACAGUCUACUUGAUAUUUUUAUUUUCAGUGCGACAAGUAUAAAAUCAUGACUACAAGAAAUGUUAUGACCAAGAAUUCUGUAUUUUAUUUACAGAAAGACGCUUGGACUGAUAUAGAAGAAUACAAAGAUGAUUACAAAAAAGUAAUAGCAGAAAGGGAAAUGUAUCGACUUCCGUUUCUUCAUCAAUCACCACAGUUUUCUUACAGAAACCAUUUGGUUGAAUAUCUUAAGAAGGUAUGUAUAGAAAAGAAAUUGAGUCAUUGUUGCCUACAUCUAGCUGUAUAUUUAUUAGAUGUGUUUAUGGAUAGUCAUUCCAUAAUUCCAGAACGAAUGCUCCUUGUAACUAACGUAUGUCUACUUUUGGCAGCAAAAACUGAAGAAAAUAACCUGACCAUCCCGAAAAUCAGUGAACUGAACAACGUCAUUAAUAACCGCUACCAACUCAACGACUAUAAGACACUAGAAGUGGUUAUAUUAAUUUUUUUCCAUUGGAACGUAAUGUACCCAACCGCUCCACAUUACGUUUAUUAUUAUAUUCAAUCAGCCAUAGAUGAAGAAGAUUUAAAAGACAAAUGUAUUGGAAUGCGGAGUCUGUUUUAUGACCUCCACGCUUGUGUCACCGAAUAUCUCGACAAGAUCAUACAAAGCUGUCACUAUAUGCAAUGUUAUAAACCGUCAAAAUUGGCAGCAGGUAUCAUUGCUGUAAGCAGAUUGGAUAUAGGUUUGUCCUGCUGGACUGAACAAUUAGAGAAUAUCACUGAUUACAAAAGAGAAGAUAUUGAAACACAAAUUUCUAUUCUAAAAGCCAAGUAUCCUUUUGUGAGCUGUCAAAAAUGUACUGGAGUUCAUUUGAUUUAAAGAACUACAAAAAACAUUUUCUUUGUUUAUCUAAUUAUACUAUGUAUAAGUUUUUUUUGUUUUAUUAAAACUCAAUGUCCUUGAUGAUUCACCAUAUAUCCCAUCAUAAGGUAAUGCUGGCUAGGAGUGUUAUAUUUGAAUAGAAUUUGUUAACUAUUAAACAAUUUAUUAUAA